AUGGCGAACCUGGACAAUGCCUGGCUGGUGGGCGUGGAGCGUGCGCGCAUCGGUGGGAAGUGCCUGGCUCACGUCCUGGCCGACAGGCAGACGGUGGGCCAGAGACCUGUGACCUUGAUUGGGCACUCGAUGGGUGCUCGGCUUUUGGUCUACUGCUUGUGCGAGCUCUAUGACAUGGGCGAGUUGCACGUGGUGGACGACGUGGUCUUGCUGGGAACGCCGGUGACCACCGAACCUGCCAAGUGGCAGAAGGACUUUGACUCGUUCAGCUUCGAUGUAGCACUUAAUUACUUGGACCUUGGACUGAACAUUGGAUACAACAUCAGUGGCUUGCUAGGGCUCCGGCACCUGGCGGAGCAUCGCGUCGCCGCCAUGGGCGUCUAUGGAGGCGAAGCUCACCACUUUCAGCUGAAACAUCCCAACUACGCCUUCAUCGGUGCUCGCCAUCAACUUCGACGAGUACACCUUGCACUCUAUAAGAAGUACAAGUUUCUUGAUUAUGACAAGGAUUUGAUCAUUUUCUCUUCAAAUUUGUUGGCCAUGAUGGAGUCGGAGAUGAAGACCUUUACAUUGCUGAUCCGCAUGUUAGAGAAAUUCUAUUGGAAGCGCUUGCUGCGGCCCGAGAUUGACGACGAAACUCAUGGGAAGCAACGCAGUCAGGAGCAGGUGCUCUUCAAGGUGAAAGUGACCCUUUUCGAGAUCUUCGGCGGAUUUGCCUGCGAUCGCCAAGCGAGUAGUGCUGGGCCGCAGCUUUUGGUGGCGGAGAUGAACUGCAGUGACAUGUUGGCCUUCCUGCCCCUGGGGGUCGCCGGUGGUUGGUGGAUGCUCGGGCUUGACAGCGUGCUGCCAGGCUCGGGCCUUGUGAUCCCUGCGGCCUGCGCUUGCAUGGGCCUGGCAGCUGUUUAUAAGGAGGGCUUGGGCACGCUUGUGUCCAAGUUCUGCAAGCCUUCAAAAGAUGUCAUCAUGGGACCAUUCUUCGUGGAAGAACCCGAAGAAGAGGAUGACGAGGAUGAGGCUGAUGAGAGCCUGGAGGUGAACCUGGACGAGGAAGUCACCUUUGAGUUCCUGUGGGGCUACGGGCAGUGGCAGACCGGUUUGAGGCUCACCUACCACACCGAAGCGGGCCUGGCCACACUGCCUUCGCGCAGCGCAGAUGCGGCCGCCUGGGUGAUCCAUGAGCAGACGCGAAGAACGGCGUGGAGUGCGGCUGUCGGGUCUUUGUGGGAGAUGCUGUGGAAUAGAUUGGUGCCCAACGUGAUCACGUGCAACAGCGUCAUCGCGAGCACCACCAAGUUCGCAGGCGCCUGGAUUGUUGGGCUGUACAUCUUGGAAAGCCUUCGCGGUCGAUUGGAGCUGAACCCUUCGAGCUUCAAUGGACUUCUCCCCUCCUUAACCUGGUGGAGCACCCUGCAGCUUUGUAACCUCAUGGCUUCGUGCCACGUGAGCGCGGAUGUCAUCAGCUUCAGCAGUAGCAUGCGAGCCCUUGAUGAAGUCGAUUUAUGGCCUCAUGCACUACAGCGGCUGGACGAGAUGGAGAUGCCGAAUGUGGUGAGCUACAGCAGUUGCGGCCAAGGCCGGUGGCCCUUGGCCCUGGAGUUGAUGCAGCUCUCGAGGACGUCCAGGUGUUUUCCCACUGAACGAAGCUUAGGGCAUUGCAUCAAUGCCUGUCGGAAGGGUGGGCAGUGGCAGAUUCCGCUGCAGAUGUUGACGGAGUUGGAUCAGCAUCGCCAAGGCAAUGUGAUUUGCUUCAGCAGCGCCAUCGACGCCGUCACCUUCAGCGGGCGUUGGGACGUGGCACUGGAGCUCUUGGCGCACAUGGAGGACCAGAAGGUGUUCGCCAAUGACAUCACUUACAACGCUGUGCUGAACGCCUGCGCAUCGGUGGGGCAGCUGGACAUGGCCCUGAAGCUUUUGGAGGUCAUGGAGGAGCUUCGUUGUGCCAACGUGGUGAGCUACAGCAGCUGCAUUGCCACCUGUGAGAAGGGCGGCCACUGGCAGAUGGCGCUACACCUGCUCUCCAGGGGCGAGGGGAGGCGUUGGCCGGCAAAUGCUGUGAGCUACAGCAGUGCCAUGAGCACCUGCUCGAAGUGCAGCUACUGGCAGGUCGCCAUUAGCUUGUUGGCCUCGAUGAUGGGCCAGGCCCUCGCACCAAACACCAUCAACUUCAAUUGCGCACUGAGCGCCUGCGAGACUGGUGCCAAUUUGCCUUUGGCUUUGAAGAUCUUGGACACCAUGCGAGCGAGGGCAGUGCCAUAUGAUGUGAUCAGCAUCAACAGUUUGCUGAACGCCUGUUCCACCACCAACGACUGGCGCUGCUCAUUGGAUUUGCUGAUCGGUGGUGGCCCCACGGAUUCGCGGGUGAGUCCCAACCAUAUCAGCCUCUUAGCACUGAUCGGUGACAAACGCGCUUCCAUCACGUUCGAUGGGGUGUCGGACACCUGGGCGCUUGGUCGCCAAAUGGGGGGGAGCUGCUCCAGGCCAACUGUUCUCAAUCCAUUUGUCCUUCCCAGACACGACCCGUUUGGGACUGCCAUAGGGCUGCCGAGAAACGGCCAGGGGCGGUGCCAGAGGGGGCAAUGGGGCGGCAUAUGGAGUGUUUGGGCUUUUACACCCUUUUGUUAUUUUAGGGUCACUUUGAAAUACAUGCGCUCCAAGAUCCACAGCAAUGUGCAAUUUUCCACAGUUGACACGGGCGCUUGGACAAUGUUCAUGAUGUUUGCAGACGUUGCUGGCAAGGACAAAAAUCCGUUUGCAAUGGGGUGA